UGUGCUUCCCUCCCACCUGGGGCUUUAGUUGGACACUGACAGGAUGGAAAAGGCGGACGGCUUCUCGGAACAGGAGUUCCGGCAGGCCUGCGCUGAGCUGGAGGCCCCUGCUCCCGCAGGCAAAGUCUGGGAGUCUUUGGUGGAAUCAGAGGGCUUCCAUAUCUACCGGCUGCUAGAUGAGCAAACAGGACUUUUUGAGUAUAAAGCCUUUGGUGAUUUCAAGAAUUGCCCUCCAGCUCUGUGUGCAGAUGUCUAUAUGGAUUUAGGAUAUAGAAAACAAUGGGACUCCUAUGUUAAAGAACUCUAUGAAAUGGAGAUCCAUGGGAAGAUGGUCGUCUACUGGGAAGUGAAAUAUCCCUUUCCCAUGUCAAACAGAGAUUAUGUGUAUAUUCGGGACAGGAGAGACCUGGAUUUAAAUGGGCGGACAGUACAUGUAAUAUUGGCUAAGAGCUUCUUCACACCUGAAAUUCCAACGAAGAAUGGUAUCAUACGAGUCAGAGAUUACAGGCAAAGCCUUGUGAUUGAAAGUGAUGGCAAGAAGGGGUGCAAAGUUUCCAUGUUCUACCAUGAUAACCCUGGAGGCAUGAUUCCAUCCUGGCUUGUCAACUGGGCAGCAAAGAAUGGAGUUCCAGGCUUCUUGAAAGAUAUUGAGAAGGCUUGUCAAAAUUAUCACAAGAACACAUAGAAGGAGACAGUUUCGGUCCCAUUUCUAUGAACUUGGUGACACCAAGUCAAACUUGGCUAUUUUCCUUCUCUUCCAAAGAACUGAAAGCACUCUCCAGCAUGUCUUCCCUAUUCAUGCUAGUCUUAUGCCUGACUUACAAUACUAAUUUCCUUUCCCAUUCUCCCCACCCUAGCAACAAUUCCACUCUCCCACAGUUGAAUCUAGGUCAGAUCAGGAAAACUCUGCUUGUUUAUAUUUCAAAAGGAAAGUCCUUACUAGGGAACACAAUUGGUCUAUUGUGCCCUUUAAAAAGGAAGAAAACAAAUCAGAAAAAAAAAAAAAGAAAACCAGUAUCCACACCAAACCCUGUCUCAAGACGUAGUUUCUUGCUGAGCACAUAAGAUUCAUUGCAUUCAAAAUUGGCUUUCCUUGCACUGGAAAUUGACCAACCCGAACCAGGACACUUAUUGCUCUGUAAAUUGGCUUAGGAGAGGAUUUCAGAUUGUUAGUACACUCUUUCUCAUACAGUCUUAUUCCCUCUUGAGGAAGUGUGAGAUUUCUCAUAGUGUCAAAGCAAUAUAGCAACUCUCCAUGUUUUAUGGAUUUUUCUCACUAUACCCACCCUUCUACUUCUCUAGCAUUAAUCUAUAGAAACUCUGCCUUGUCUUCCAGAGUGUAUUGCCAAUGCUAGUAUCCCAUAGCUGAUGCUCCCUGUUGGGGAUCCCAUAAGUCUGUUCCUGACAUUGCAUUCUAUUUUUUGUUGAAGUGUCCUUACAGGUAGCGGUAGUCUUAAUAUCCUUAAGGAGUCAAGGGAAAUGACUAUUUAGAUUACCUUAAGGACCAAUUAGACCUUUAAGCUUUUGAUCUCAGGGAACCUACCAGAGUUGGCUGCUCUUUCUCUCACCAGAAAACCUUAUGAACUCUGAAUUGACUAACCUGUGCCUCAAAGUUAGUUCUCAUCAGAAUCAGUUAUUGGAAAGUGAGGAGAAAGGUAGCAGCAGCCCUGGUGAUUUUCUCAGGGGCAAUAUCUACCCAGCAUAUGAUGGUACAGAUCUCGUAUUAUUGUGCAUAGAAAUCCAGCAUAGUUUGUGUUCAAAAUUACAGGAUGCAGACUGCCACAAUACCUCAGCUUGUGUAUUUCUUCUGUGUAAAAAGAGAAUUGAUUCUUUGAGGCUUAAAUAAAAAUAAACAAAAACCUUU